UGACCGAAGAAACAAUAGGCAGUGAUAUAAUAAGCUUUUCUUCGCGCACCACUCUCUAAAACCCCCUUUCUCCGAUCUAAGUUCUUUUCGGUCCAAAUUUUGCAAAUUCGGGCGAUCUCAUAUCAGAUUUGGAUCUUUAUUUUUUGGUUACCAGUUAGAUAAUCCGGUGAAGCUGAACGGGGAUUAUUAGAGGUUGGACCUUGGAUUUGAUUUGAUUCAGCAAUGGCUGCUCCUGUGCCUCCAGGGGCACCUAGACCCGGUAGUAGCGCUCCCCAAGCACCUCCCCCUAAUUACAUCCCCAAUAUUAGGGGUACUCCCGAUGCAUUGGCUGAUAAUAUGCACAAUUUGAAUCUUAACCGGCCUCCCAUGACAUCAAAUCCUGUUUCUAGACCUCCGCCCUUUGGUCAACCACCGUCUUUUCCUUCUUCGGCCCCUAUGCCGGGGAUCCCUGGUUCCGCACCUCCAUUUUCGCGACCUGGUCCACCUCCUGGAGCAUUGGUGAGGCCUGCAGGACCUCCUACUGGACCACCAUUAUCUACAUUGCCACCAAAUAUUGCCACUGGAAGGCCUACUGGGCCACCUCCUGGUCAACCUCCAGCUUUUGUGUCAAGACCCCCUCCUAGUUCUCUUUCAGCAUCCAUGGGUAGUGUUGCAGCUCCAGUUUCUGUGGUUCCUCCCUCUGGCGGAUCUCCACCAAUCCGUCCCCUUAUGGCACCUCCCCCGACUCUAGGUGCUCGUGCAGGCCCAAGUCCAACUCCAAGUCCUUUUACUCCGCCACCAAUGAGUGCGCCCCCGGUCAUGCCCCCUACAAGUGCAUCCAGUAAUUUGAUGAAUAAUGGACCGCCUGUAUUUUCUGCUGGGGCUGGGCCAGGUCCCCAGCGCUUUCCAGUAGGCAGUGUCCCACAACCACUGGUUGGACCUCCAACAAUGAGAACUCCUCCAGGCCCAGCUAUUCAAUCUCAGCCCCCAUAUCCCAUGGCAUCUCAAGGAAUAAUGCAGCCUCCAAGUUCACCUUUUGGAGCACCUUCUUGGCAGAUGCAAUCCCAGCAGGUAGCACCCCCUCCUACAGUUCCUGGUUCUUCACAGGCUCCUCGGAUGUUUGGCAUGCCACCACCACUGCCAAAUCAAUCUAUGACUACAACUAUUUCACCCGCUGUUGGUCAAACCGGAGCCCCUAUGGCAGGGCCUUCUAAAAUUGAUCCGAAUCAAAUUCCAAGGCCUACUCCAGGUUCCUCAGUGAUCUUGCAUGAAACUCGUCAAAGCAACCAGGCAACCAUUCCUCCGUCUGCUACAAGUGAUUACAUUGUAAGAGAUACAGGGAAUUGCAGUCCACGUUACAUGAAGUGCACAAUCAAUCAGAUUCCUGUCACUGCUGAUCUUUUGGCAACAUCAGGAAUGCAGUUGGCUAUGCUAGUCCAACCUUUGGCCCUUCCACACCCAUCUGAGGAGCCCAUUCAAGUUGUUGAUUUUGGGGAGGGUGGUCCUGUCCGAUGUUCACGUUGCAAGGCUUACAUAAAUCCCUUCAUGAAAUUCAUUGAUCAGGGAAGGCGUUUCAUCUGCAACUUGUGUGGAUUUAGUGAUGAAACACCACGGGACUACCACUGCAAUUUAGGUCCAGAUGGUCGGCGUAGAGAUGCUGAUGAAAGGCCUGAGCUAUGUAGAGGAACGGUUGAGUUUGUUGCUACAAAAGAAUUCAUGGUCCGUGAGCCAAUGCCUGCCGUAUACUUCUUUCUCAUUGAUGUAUCCAUGAAUGCUGUUCAAACUGGUGCUACAGCUGCAGCAUGCAGUGCCAUAAGUCAAGUUAUUUCAGACCUUCCUGAGGGUCCUCGCACAAAGGUGGGAGUUGCAACUUUUGACUCGACAAUUCAUUUCUACAACCUGAAACGUGCAUUGCAGCAGCCGCUGAUGCUCAUUGUUCCUGAUGUCCAAGAUGUUUAUACUCCUUUGCAAACCGAUGUAAUUGUUCCAUUAUCUGAGUGCCGUCAACACUUAGAAUUACUUCUGGAAAGCAUUCCUACCAUGUUCCAAAAUAAUAGAACCUCUGAAUCAGCCUUUGGUGCGGCUAUCAAGGCAGCUUUCCUUGCCAUGAAGGACACUGGAGGGAAGCUGAUGGUCUUCCAGUCAGUCUUGCCAUCUUUAGGCAUUUGUGCACUAUCUGCACGGGAGGCUGAAGGUAGAACAAACAUCUCUGCAGGUGAUAAGGAAGCCCAUAAAUUACUUCAACCAGCAGAUAAAGUAUUCAAGGAACUGGCCGUUGAAUUUGCUGAGUAUCAGGUUUGUGUUGAUGUAUUUGUGACUACUCAGACUUAUGUAGACAUUGCUUCCAUGUCUGUCAUCCCACGAACUACUGGUGGACAGGUCUAUUACUAUUACCCAUUCUCAGCUCUUUCUGAUCCUGCAAAACUUUACAACGAUCUUAGAUGGAAUAUCACUAGGCCACAAGGUUUUGAGGCUGUAAUGCGUGUGAGGUGCAGUCAGGGUAUCCAAGUACAGGAAUACUAUGGCAACUUCUGUAAACGCAUCCCAACUGAUGUCGACCUACCUGGGAUUGACUGUGACAAAACUUUCAUGGUGACUUUGAAACAUGAUGAUAAGUUACAGGAUGGAUCAGAAUGCGCAUUUCAGUGUGCUCUUCUUUACACAACCGUAUAUGGCCAAAGGAGAAUACGUGUCAUAACCUUGUCUCUGCCUGUCACCAGUAUGCUCAGUAAUCUGUUCCGUGCAGCUGACUUGGAUACUCAAUUUUGCUGUUUCUUGAAGCAAGCUGCUAGUGAGAUUCCUUCAAAACCACUCCCACUUGUUCGGGAACAAGUUACAAAUCUUUGCAUCAACGCACUGUUUUCAUACCGUAAAUUUUGUGCUACGGUAUCUUCAUCUGGACAACUUAUUCUACCGGAGGCAUUAAAGCUUUUACCCCUUUAUACCCUAGCAUUAACUAAGAGUACAGGGUUGCGAACAGAGGGAAAGAUAGAUGAACGGUCAUUUUGGAUAAACUAUGUGUCCUCUAUCUCUGCUCCGUUGGCAAUACCACUUGUAUAUCCGAGAAUGGUGGCUAUCCAUGAUCUUGACUCAAAGGAAGAUGAAGAAUCUGUCAUUCCUCCCUUCCUUCCUCUUUCUAGUGAACAAAUCAGUGAUGAUGGAAUAUAUCUUCUUGAGAAUGGUCAUGAUUGUUUGAUAUAUGUUGGAGACUCUGUGAAUCCAGAUAUUGUGCGGAAACUGUUUGGUGUUGCUACAGUUGAAGAAAUUCCUACUCUGUUUGUAUUGCAGCAACAAGACAAUCCACUAUCGAAAAAGUUAAAUGAAGUGGUAAAUGAGAUACGGCGGCAAAGGUGUUCCUACCUCAGGUUAAAGCUCUGCAGGAAAGGAGAUCCAUCAGGAAUGUUAUUCUUCUCAUAUAUGAUAGAAGACAAGAACGCAGGUGGCUUCUCCUAUGUAGAGUUUCUUAUCCAUGUUCAUAGGCAAAUUCAAAAUAAAAUGACAUCGUAAAAAGUAUUAUAUGGGUGCUUCAUUUUUGCAAGCUUUUAGACCUAAAUGAUAGAGCAAACCCUAAGCCCCAAGGAUAGGCGAGAUUCUGCAUAUUUAUGCGCAUUCAGAUGCCAUGCAUUUGUCAGAGGAAAACCAGACAACCCAAGUUUUUGCUAUGUUUUGGUGAUGUACAUGUAUAAUUUAAUUGAAGUUGGGGAUAGUUGGAUUUUUGUGACAAGUUUUUUUUUUUUUUUUUGGUCCUAUAGUUAAGAUGACAAAUCAAGUUUUAUGAGCAAUCAUGUGUUUUCAUG